GCGGAAGGAGAGCCAGGCCGGAAGGAGGGUGAAGGAGGGCGGGAGGUAGGAGCGGGCCCGGAGCUGCUGGGCCGGAGCGGCGGCGCCGCCAUGUCCGACAGCGAGAAGCUCAACCUGGACUCGAUCAUCGGGCGCCUGCUGGAAGUGCAGGGCUCGCGGCCUGGAAAGAAUGUGCAGCUGACCGAGAACGAGAUCCGUGGUCUGUGUCUCAAAUCCCGGGAGAUUUUCCUGAGCCAGCCCAUUCUUCUGGAGCUGGAGGCUCCCCUCAAGAUCUGUGGUGACAUCCAUGGCCAAUACUACGACCUUCUGCGGCUGUUUGAGUACGGUGGCUUCCCUCCUGAGAGCAACUACCUCUUCCUGGGGGACUAUGUGGAUCGGGGCAAGCAGUCUUUGGAAACCAUCUGCCUGCUGCUGGCCUAUAAGAUCAAGUACCCUGAGAAUUUCUUCCUGCUCCGUGGGAACCACGAGUGUGCCAGCAUCAACCGCAUCUAUGGUUUCUAUGAUGAGUGCAAGAGACGCUACAACAUCAAACUCUGGAAAACCUUCACCGACUGCUUCAACUGCCUGCCCAUCGCAGCCAUUGUGGAUGAGAAGAUCUUCUGCUGCCAUGGAGGUCUAUCUCCAGACCUGCAGUCCAUGGAGCAGAUUCGGCGCAUUAUGCGACCCACAGACGUGCCUGACCAGGGCCUGUUAUGUGACCUGCUUUGGUCUGACCCCGACAAGGAUGUACAGGGCUGGGGCGAGAAUGACCGUGGAGUCUCCUUUACCUUUGGGGCUGAGGUGGUAGCUAAGUUCCUGCACAAGCAUGACUUGGACCUCAUCUGUAGGGCACAUCAGGUGGUAGAAGAUGGCUAUGAGUUCUUUGCCAAGCGGCAGCUGGUGACACUCUUCUCAGCUCCUAACUACUGUGGCGAGUUUGACAAUGCUGGUGCCAUGAUGAGUGUGGACGAGACCCUCAUGUGCUCCUUCCAGAUUCUCAAGCCCGCUGACAAGAACAAGGGGAAGUACGGGCAGUUCAGUGGCCUGAACCCUGGAGGCCGUCCCAUCACCCCACCCCGUAACUCUGCCAAAGCCAAGAAAUAGCCUCCACAUGCUGCCCUUCUGCCCCAGAUGGAUUGAUUGUACAGAAACCAUGCUGCCAUGGGUCACACAGGCCCCUCAGGCCCACCCAUCACAGGGAACACAGAGCGUUAAGUGUCUUUUCCUUUCUUUUUUUAAUGAAUCAAUAGCAGCAUCUAAUCCCCAGGGCUCCCUCCCACCAGCACCUGCCGUGGCUGCAAGUGGGAUCCUGGGGCCAAGGCUGCAGCUCAGGGCAAUGGCAGACCAGAUUAUGGGUCUCUGGCCUUGCGUGGCCGCAGGGCUGGCAGCCGGAUCCUGGGGCAACCCAUCUGGUCUCUUGAAUAAAGGUCAAAGCUGGAUUCUC